AUGUCCCAGCCUGGAUUCCUCUCUGCUGCCCGCUACGGUAAAGACCUUGUCAAAGUUGCCCGUGUCGUCCGAGACGGCGAGCAACACCACGUCGUCGAGUAUGUCAUCCGAGUGUUGCUCGAGGGUGAAAUCGAGACCUCGUACACCGAGGCCGACAACAAGUGCGUCGUUGCUACCGAUACCAUGAAAAACACCUGCCACAUCUUUGCCAAAACCUCCCCCUACGUACUCGACGCCCCCAUCUUUGCGCUCCACCUCGCCCUGCACUUUGUGACCAAGUACGCGCACAUCCACAAGGCCUUUAUCGACAUUAUCGACCUCAAGUGGUCGCGUAUCGCUGUCGACGGCAAGCCGCACAAGUGGUCGUUCGUGAGGGACGGCGAUGAAAAGGCGAUUGUGGAGUGUGCGGUGGAUGCUAGUAAGGGUGUGGAGAGCGCUACGGCUGAUUUGAAGGUUGGCGUCAAGGAUCUGCUUGUUUUGAAGACGAGCGGUUCCGCCUUUGAAGACUUCUACAGGGACGAAAACACCACCCUGCCCGAAGUCGCCGACCGUCUCUUCUCUACAUCCGUCGCCCUCCAAUCCCUCAUCACCCUCCCCCCCAACAUCCCCCUCACCAUUGACAACCUCGCCGAGAUCCAGAAAGAGCUCAACUUCAAAGACUUGAAGGCCAAGGUUACGACGGAUGUGUUGGAGACGUUUGCGACGGAUGAAAGUGCGUCGGUGCAGGCGACGCUUUAUACGACUUUGCAGAGGAUUUUGACCAGUUGCCCGGCGAUUAAGGAGGUGUCGAUGCAGUUGCCCAACAAGCACUACAUUCCUAUCAACCUGUCUCCCUUCGGCCUCGAGAAUGGUUUGACGAAGGAAGGCGGUGCCGACGUAUUCUACCCCGCUCCCGACCCCAGCGGUCUCAUCACUGCUACCGUCACCAGGUCUUAA